UGGUAGUUCCAGGAAGGGCCUUCAUACAGCCAUGAAUGAAUGCUUCUCAACGAUUGUCAAGCUGCUCUUCCUUCAGUUCUCCCAACAAUUCAUCAUCUGUCUCAGGAUUUUGGCUUCCUUCUUCCCCCAGGUGCAAUUUUGAGGAUCCCAAAUAUCGGGAUCGCUUCCUUCCCUGUCGUACAUUUCAAUCAUAUCCUAAGCCAUUCUAGAUCCCCUUCACCUGUCCUACAUCACACAGCUUUGAAGCAUUGCUUAUGUUGCACCAUAAACCAGCAGGACCAGAAGCAUCAACCUCCUCGAGCCAUUGCCCAACCACCUAGGAAGCACGGAUGCUUCAAAUUACAUGUGUCUGUAUCAGAAGGCAAUCAUGAGCAAGCGCCACGUGGACCAGUCAAAGUGGAUGAUAGUCACAUGACCCUUGCUGGACUGAUAGAGUUCGGCUGUGAUAAUCAAACAUGAAGGCACAAGCCAAAGGAGGAAGAUUCAGCAAUGACGUUGACAAGCAAGCCAAGAGAUUAAGACUGGGUCGUGAUCAACCGCAAUACAAGGUGGAUGCAUUGGUCUCAAGAGUCUCCCAAGGCACAAAAGGCCAUUAAAGAGAAAUGGCCAACAUAAGCCAUGUAGGGAUAGGGCAAAGAAAGUUUAACGAUGACCAAGGCUGAUAGAGUAUGAAUAUUGGUCAAACAAUUAGUACAAAGUGGCCAUUUUCAUGGUCAUGCAAUAGUAGGAAGACAACCGCAAUUAGUUACCAAAACUACUACAAGUCGAGACUUGAUGCGGAUAACCGUCAAAGUGAGCAGUUACUAUAUUUUUAAUAUAAAUAAUGGAUUUGUACUAUGUAAUAGGACCCUUCGACAUCCAAAUCAAUGCAAUUUAUCUUAUCUAAGUUCUUAA